AUGAAACGAAGUAUUACUAUUGACUUCCAUGACACCUGGGGAUUAUGCAGAUAUUAUUAUACUCAUAACACUGGAAGUUCAGACGACAUCCUAUUAACCCCAUCAUCCCUUUGCAGCAUUACUACUGAAAUGAGCUUAGGAUACGCCACUAUAUAUUCCCUCAGACGAUACACAUACCCGACAUUCACCGUACCUGUACCUUCCAAUAAAUCAGUAAAACAUGAAAAAUCAAGGCGACACUCUGCUACUGAAAGCAAAGUCCACACUUCAAACAUAAAAGACUCUGAUACCGAAGAUCAUCAGCCAUCUAUCCUAAUUUUCCCAGGCAAUAAGAGGUCGAGCAAAUACACACCCAGUCCAUCAAGCGCCGAAAAGGUAGAAGCUGCACUACGACCGUCACCAGAAGCUGAGAGCACAGAUCUGAUCAUAGAGAUACCCAACACUAGCCCAGAACAAUCGUAUCAACAGCAACAGCAGCAAGAUGAAAAGAGGACAAAAGCAGACUUUAAUUUCCAAUUGGACAUUUUCCUUUUUCUAUUUGGCUUUUUGAUCUUCCCAUGUUGGUGGUUUGGUGCUUGGAGAUAUUUCUUACGUCCAACUCAUGGUCAAUGUGGGCAGAUAUUCCAAAUACUCAAUUGUUGUAUGAGCCUUGUGAGCUUGUUGAUAGCUGGUUUGUUAGUUGGUUUAGCUGCUGCUCUAGCAUAG